CAGGGGAGGAACCUGGUGCUCUUGGCUGAACUGUCAAGAGGAAGGAGGGGGAGACUGGAGGGCUGAUUCUGAGGCUUUUCCCCAUGGAAGAUUACCUUUAGAUUCAUUUCAUCCAUUCAUUCAUUCUUUUCUCCAUGGAAGAUUACCUUUAGGUUCAUUUCAUCCAUCCAUCCAUUCAUUCAUUCAUUCAUCAAAUACCCGAUGAGUACCUGCUCUCUUGUACUUAAAUUUUGGACUGUAGACCAGCUGUUUUAGUGUCAGCUGGGAGCUUGUUAGAAAUGCAUGUUCUUAGACCAGCUCAGGCCUGCUGAAUCAGUAUCUCAGGGGGUGGGGUUCAGGAAUGUCUGCCUUUCACAACCUCUCCUGGUGAUUUUUGCACAUGCUAAAGUUGGAUAACUCCCACUCCAGAAUGUGGACUUUCCAUCUCAUUAUUGUAGCCUCAGUGCUUAGCCAAAGUGGCUCCAUACUCAUUUGUGGACUCACUGUUCACACGCCAGGCCCCCGUGGGGACCGGGAAUGUGGGAGGAUGCUUCAGGGGGAAGAUGGCAAGGUCAGCCAAAUUUGAAGUAUUCCUGAGCCAUGUGGGCAAAGACACCAGACAGACACCUCUGAGUCUAAGGAGAAAAGCCUGGCUUGGAGGUAUUUUGGAAGUCAUUAGCAUGUGGGUAGAAUGACUAGAUGACUAAAUGUAUGAAAAAAAAAUUCUCAAGACCCAUGUGAAAGUCCGAGAGGGGUGUGGUGGCCUGGCUGGCCUGAGGACAGGUAUUCUGAUGAUUCUGGCCGGGGCCCCCAUUUGCCUGGCACUGAGAUGAUAUUAGUGUUUUUACUCUGUGAGCACUGUGCCCCUCAGGGCAAGCUGUGACUCCUAUCACCAAACACUCAGGAACCAUUGCUUUUGGGACCCUGGGGAUGGUUUCAUUUGUAGGCAUCUGCCUUCUGUUAGGGUCCUUUUUUUCCCUUCUCUACAGGGGACAAUAUGACACUAUCCAGCAAGACCUGAUGGGAGUGGACACAGACUACCCUCAUUUGCAGUAGUCGUGGGCAAGCAGGUGGUACCCACAGUGUACCAGAGAAUGCCCUACCCUUGAGUAAUGUUCCCUGGUUUGCACAGAGUCAGGCCUGUAAGGGGCAGGGCUUUGGCCAGGACAGUGCUAUAGAACUUGAUCCUGGAUUUAUUUUUGGAAAGUGAAUCCUGGAACCUACCAUUGCACCUUAAGGGUUGCAGGAAUCUGAACCCUAGUCCUGCCUCAUGUGGUUUAUGCAAAAUCUAUGUUUGGUAAUCAAAUGGUUAAUAGAAAUCUAAGCAUAGGGCAGAUUGAAUAGACAUGUGCAUACACUGGAUUCUUCUGUUUCAGGGAAGAGGAAGUGCUCACAAUUGUUAGUUCCCUAGCUGGAAAAUUAUUUGCGAUCUAGGAGAGCUUAGAAAAAUAUUUACCUUAGUUGCCCAACAACUUAGCAGUCCUUCUAGCAGCCAGUGACUUGUUGCCACCUGACUAUGUCCACCAGCAUUUGUCAGAGUGAUUUGACUCUGACUGGUCACCAGGUAAUCUGUCUAAAGUUCAGAAGGUGUCAGGAUGCCACCCUGAAGCUCCACAGUGACAGCCUCUCAAGUCUGUGCACUGUCCCCCACAGGUGACCUCAAAGCCAGCUGCCCAUUUAACUGGGCACGGCAUGGACACUGGCCCCAGCUCUCAGCCUUCUGAGGAGGACCAGUCCACCAUGCCUGAAGUCAAAGACCUCUCAGAAGCCUUGCCAGAAACGUCAAUGGAUCCCAUCACAGGAGUCGGGGUGGUGGCUUCUCGGAACCGAGCCCCGACAGGCUAUGACGUAGUUGCACAGACAGCAGAUGGUGUGGAUGCUGACCUCUGGAAAGACGGCUUAUUUAAAUCCAAGGUUACCAGAUACCUGUGUUUCACAAGAUCAUUUUCCAAAGAAAAUAGUCAUCUGGGGAACGUGUUAGUAGAUAUGAAGCUCAUUGACAUCAAGGACACACUGCCUGUGGGCUUCAUCCCAAUUCAGGAGACAGUGGACACACAGGAAGUGGCUUUUAGGAAGAAGAGGCUGUGCAUUAAAUUUAUUCCACGGGAUUCAACGGAAGCUGCAAUUUGUGACAUUCGGAUCAUGGGCCGGACCAAGCAGGCCCCACCUCAGUACACGUUUAUCGGGGAACUGAACAGCAUGGGGAUCUGGUAUCGAAUGGGCAGAGUACCAAGAAAUCAUGACUCAUCUCAACCCACAACGCCUUCCCAGUCAUCAGCUGCUUCCACCCCAGCCCCCAACCUUCCCAGGCACAUCUCUCUAACACUUCCUGCCACCUUCCGAGGCAGGAACAGCACCCGGACGGACUACGAGUACCAGCACUCCAAUUUGUAUGCCAUAUCAGCAAUGGAUGGUGUGCCUUUUAUGAUUUCAGAGAAGUUUUCUUGUGUUCCAGAAAGUAUGCAGCCCUUUGAUCUCCUGGGAAUCACCAUCAAAUCUCUAGCAGAAAUCGAGAAAGAGUAUGAGUACAGCUUCCGCACAGAGCAGAGCGCAGCCGCCAGGCUCCCGCCCAGCCCCACCAGGUGUCAGCAGAUCCCGCAGUCUUGAGGAGCCAGCGGCCACUUGCGGGGAGACCACCGCCCAGACUACUGACGGCAGGGGCUGCUGCCCCCGCCUCCUCCUGCCGCCUCCACCAGCCCUCCCUCCCACACUGCCCCAGCUGGGCUGGCCCGGAGACUGGGCAGCUAAGUGGGCGUGUCCUGUCUUCAGCUGGCCUGACACCCCGGCCUCCCUGGGGACGUUGUUCAUAACCAUGACUAAUCUGUGUGUGCUGUAGUGACCAGCGGCUCCUAACGUGUCUGUGUGAUGACCAGUUGUCCUCCAAAAACCUCACUCACCACGGAGUCCCCCUGAGGGCCCCGGGCAGUUGCCCCGGCCGCCCAGUGACGCCCACCGGCUCCCUCCGUUCCCUCCUGUCACCUACCAGGGCAGACCCCACUAAGCCGCUGAGUCCCUUCCUGGAAGACCCUGGGGGCCGAUAGCUUUACCUAGGACUCUCCAGGGUCACUGAUCCUCCCUGGCCUAGGGCUGCCAGGACCAAGUUCCUCUCUGCAGGAUCUCACAGCAGCCCUGAGAAGACGGGGAAGGAAGAAGCCAGUGGCCCCGGCGUGGACCCUGCCCUUUGGACAUCCCAUGGACUUCUCACCCAGUCGCCUGGAAGUCGGGGAGCAGCAGCCCUGCCCCCGGCGGAGGGGUUGUUGCUUUCUGGGGAGGAGGACGGUUGACGGCCCUGCCUGGAUCCACCACCAGGACGCUGUGCUCGGCCACGGCGCGCCUCCCCCAAGGGCUCAUCCGCGCAACAACCACAUGCCAACGAUAGCUCCAGGUGCCUCAGCCCGUGCCCUGACCCAGGGACCACAGGGACACCCUCUGAGACGUGCUGGCCCUGGGAGGAUACAGGCACACGGGCACCUAGCCCCUCUCGGAGCCAGGCGUGUCUUGACGGUGUCUGCUAACAGGAACAAGUCAUUCUGAAAGGUCCCCCUGACCCAGGUCACCAAAUUUGGGCCAGAACUGGCAUUUCUCCUGAGUACCCACUGGUGCUGGCGUCCUCACAGUGCUGGGCGCCAAGUUCAGCCCCAGGCGCAUUUGCCUAAGCAGUGGUGGCUGCCAUCUCUCAGGGCCCGGGCCCUCACGUGAAGGGCUGCCUCACUCUGUGGUGUCAGGCAUUGGACUGUGUCCUGAUUCCUCAGAAUAUGGGGACCUGAUAUCUUUGGGUCCCCAAGAGUUGGCUCUUGGAUGUGGGGGCUUGAUGCCGCGGUUGGCGGCUGCAGUAUCUGGGUCCAGGGAAGCCACUGCCUCAGCAGGGACAGCCUCUCCCGCUGCAGGCCCUGGGCAGCCCACAGUAGUGCUAGCUGAGGCCCAGAGGAACAGGAGGAAAGGGAGGUAGCGCCGGACAGCGCAGCUGGCCAAGAGGCGGGCGGGGCCAGAAAUACCUCAUGCACCUGCACCAGCCCCUCCGUCUCCAGGCCCCAGGCCCCUGUGUGGACCCAUCUUCCUCCUCUGCCACCCCGAUCUUCACUCGGAUACCUCUUGAUUUCUGUGGAUUAGGGAAGCAGCCACUUCUCCCUCCCUGAGACCCGAGGACGCCCCUGGUGGGGGUGGCCUUCUCAGGCCUCCUGGGUAGCACAGCAGCAGGACCUUGUCAUAGGACUGAUGCUGAGCGGGGAGGGGGCUGCCAGGCUGGCCGCCGAUGCUCCGUUCACAUAAGCCAGUGUGGUUCUGGGGACCUGAGGAGCCCCGUGGCACCCACGGGGGACACCUAUGUCUGCCGUGGCUCCUCGGGUGGUGGCCCGUGUGACCAAAGCCAACAACAAGGGUGACUUCCGGCAGGCAGGGGCGGCAGGAGGGCAGAGGGCAGAGCUCUGGCCACUUCUGCCCACUUCAUUAGGGUUUGUGAACUUUGUCCUUCGACCUCUUUUCGUGCCCUGGUUGUGAGAUCGCCUCUGACAGAUAAUGCCAGGGGCCCUUCACUCCCCUCCCAUGACUGGGAAAAGGCCUGUGGCAGCUCUGCUGGACCCUAGGAGGCUCAGAGGCAGUGGUGUGGGAGCCCUGUCUGCAAGGACGCAGAACAAGCAGUGAGGGCGGCUGCAGGAGAGGAAGGGGCUCCCACAGCCCCCACUGACACCCCUGCAGGCCCCUCUUGAGCUGGGGUCCCAGCCAGGUGCCCCCGCAUGCCCUCCUGCAGUUGCUGGAUGGACAGGACCUCCAGGCCACCAGGAAGAGGACAAACUGCGUGGACUCAGGCGAGCUGGAGCCAUCUUCUCCAUAGCAUGACGGACUUAGCAUAAGAGUAAAUGACUGUGAACGUUGUAGUAAACGGCAGCUUCAGAUAAGCAGUGACAGGGUUAAGGACAAGUUGGUGUCUGUGGUAGGUUUUAGGCUGCUCCUAACCCACCAUGUAUUGCCUUCUGAGAGGUGGGUGAGGACAAGCGUGUGCCUGUGUGUGUGUGUGUGUGUGUGUGUGUGAGAGCACGUGUGCGUGUAAGCCCACCUGAAUGGGGCUGGUGCGGGAAAACUGAGGCGUGGAACUCUGGCUCAUACCUAGGAAUUGAGAGCUUUUCUGUCUUUUGGGAGAGUUCUUUUCUCCACCCUCUGGCCACUGUGGGAGGGAAGGACAAGGUUUCCCUUGGAAAUGUGAAGAAGGUCUUGGUCUCAUCCCUCAGGUCCCCCCCGCCACAGCACUUCCCACCACUGCUGCUGUCCCUGCCGGCAGCCUCUGUCCCUCCAGAAUGGCUAACCAGAGCACACCGUCCCCACCACCUCCCCUUUCUCUCUGGAAAGUUGAAGUGUCUUUCCAGAGGCCUUGGAAAUGGCACAAAGGUGACAAGGAGCAGGUGCUUUGCUGCGGGCUCCCUUGCAAAUGUAUAAUUAAGGCCUUUCUUCCCACCCCAAGUGCAAGAACAAAUGCCAGCCACAUCCUCCACCACUUGGAGAGAUGAGAACCCAGCGGGGUCGUGUAAAGGAAUUGGAGGUCGGUAGGAGGACAAGAGGGACUCCCGUGUUCUAAGCACCUGCUCCCGGCCAGGCUCUAGGCCAGGCUGUCUAAGCACAUUUCUCCUUUUAUUCCCCCUAAAACCAGAGUGACCUGGAAGUAGAUGUUCUUUGCUCCUUGUUAGAGUUGAAGAGGCUGAGGCUUGACCGGCUGCUAAGCGGCAGAGGCGGGGGUCGGCCCCUAGCCCCCGGGCCAGCCAUCCCGUCGCAAAGCCUGUGCUGGGGAUGCUCUUUCUGUUUCCAGUCCUGUCACGGACUUCCCAGCCGCCACUGGGCCCUGCCGGUCACCAGGCCACUGUGCAGUGGGUGCUGAGCAAAGUCAGGAGUGGCCUACCCGCACUCCUCCACCAAGAUGAGGGCCCUCCGGAGCCUACAGGUGUCUGUGGGGAAUCCCAGCCUGCAGCUUCGGAGAACUGGGUGGGCCUGAGGAUGAAGGCAAAGGAGGGCCUUGAGGAAGCAGCCUCCGGGCCUGGCAGCCACACGGCGGCUGAGCUCAUGAACUCGGUUCGCGGCCUGCCUUGUCCCCAGAGGCCACGCCAGGCACUCACCCCUGAGCCCACAGCCUCUGCUUGGGCUGCCUGGCACCCUCAGGGCGGCCCGCUCUCCUCCUGCCACUCUGAGCACAUGUCCAGGGGUUGCCACCAGUGACAGCUUUGUUUUCCCAGCCAAGGCCAUGGAGCUGCUGUGCGACUGUGUCAGGCCUGGACAAGGCCCUUAGGGAUGACGUCCCCGCUGCAUAUUUAUUCAAGGUGACUCUUGUACUUGGCAAGGGAAGUCCACUGUGUGAUUGUCUGUAUUCUUAAUAUAAUUUGUUAAAUAAACGUUUGUUUUAACCUCUUU